AUGCCUACACCACCACUUCCGCCUCGCGACCCGUACCCUUGGCUAUGGAGGUGCCAUUCUUGCAUGAUAGUCUACCGACUCGCCUGCACGCGCCGGUGUCUCAACUGCUCGCACGUAUAUUGCGCCUCCGCACCUCCUCAAAAGGGCAAAAAACGCCGUCGUAACGCGCCGAUGUGCGUCUCCGAAUUUGAUUAUCAGGGUUGGGCUGAUUGGGGAGAAUGGCGACGGAGAGUACGAGGGCAGGAUGCGGGUGCCUUGGCACGCAAUCGAGCUUUCGCGAAUGGGAGACACAAUUGUGAGUACGAUUGUGAUUUCCCUUCGGAAUGUCAUCAUGAGCGGUAUAGACUGCAGACGGCGGAUGCGCUUCGGGCGCGGCAGAGGUUGGAACAUCCGGUGGUUACUCCUACGUUGACCAUGCCUCCACCUCCACCUCCGACUGCUGUCACGAGCACACGGUCGAAUCCUGAUGAUGAGUUGCCGUUGAACGAGGCAUUGGAAUUAAGGCAAACCGCGGAUGAAAAUGAAGAAUCUAAGAGCCCAACUAGCCCACUUCGCGAGGCAUUCAGCAUCUGGGAUGAUGCCGAUCAAAAAGAGGAAGUACGAAUAUGGUGGGCCGAGGAGAUAGCAGAGAAGAAAAAGCAAAAGACAGGCUCUAAGCAGAAGGAUAAGCAGUUCACUGGAGCUGAGUCGGCGACGAUAGAAGCGGUUACUUCACCUGGUGUCGAUAUAGUGAAUAUGGAUUCAGAUACAUUGUAUGAAUUCUUGAAAGAAGUUGGGGCCAAGAUAUCUCGCGAUACCCAGGAACAGACGUCCGAACCGAGAUGCGAAUCUAGGCUUUCGCACCGGAAGAGCCCGAAGAGCAAGAGGAGAUUAACCGUUCGGAAUUCCACCGAAGCAGGUGAGUUGGAGGUUCAUGACAACUCAUCAGAUAGUGACUCGGAUAGUUGUUCCUCGCUAUCGUGUCAAUCUUCCUCCGCAUCUGCCUCAUCUGAUGGAGAAUGGGUUCCAGCUAGUGGGGAGACAUCUGGUUCCGAGAUGGAUAAUGAAGAUAAAGAGGAUAAAGAUGAAGAGGAAAAAUUGGACCGAGAAUUGCGGGCAAUGAUCGAAGCUGAGAAGUCGUUUCUGUUGGAUGAUUAA